GCAACGACGUUCUCUCAUACGCCUCCCCAAACUUCUUGUGCUCCAGUAGGAUACGACCGUCAAGAUGUAUGAUUCCGCUCGCGACUGCUUUACCGAGCAGCAACAACAGGAACAGAGGGAACAGCAGGACAGAGAACGACAGCGACAACAGCAGGCAUCUUCAGCGGGUCCAGCGGACGCGGGCACCCCUCCACGUCGUCGGAUAAGCACUGUUGGCGACCUCCUGAGCCCUGUAGAAGACGAGAAUGAUGUGUUGAAAGGUAGUGCUGGCACUAAGACUUCUUUAGACAAAAAGGAGGGCGGUAGCCCAGAAGCCAGUUCUGAGACUAUGAGCCCGGAAACACCGCGAAAGGGCAUAAAAGAUUCCGGUACAUCUAAAUCCUCCACCGAUUCUACCACUGCUGCUGCUACUACUACACACAGUGAGGCAAAGAUGAGCAGCAAUGCAUCAGCCUCUUCUCCAGCGACAAAGAGAAAGCCCGUCCCUUCGUCAUCACCGGGUGAGAGGCGAAGGCGGGUUUCCAACGAAAAGGAUGGCGAUGCCCCUGAUUCGCCAACUUUCCGGAGCGAUGAUCGGAGACCGACUUCCGAUGAUUCUCAGAACGCCCGCAGAAAUGCUUCUCCUAGACGUCGUCCUAGAUCUCCCCCCGUACAACACCAGCCUUACAGACGUCGGCCAAUGUCCCCUAGCGGUCGUUACAAAUACAAAUCAUCACCCCCUCCUUUGAUUCCUAAAAGGGAUCCCUCACCAACUCUGCUACCAGGGGAAGAUGGCUCGAGGAGCAGAGACUCUAGCCCCCCGCGUAAACGCAAGAGGCCUGGACAAGCGAGCAGACUCUCGGAGAAGGAAAAGGCCGAAGCUAUGGAGAGAAUUAGAAAGAUGGAGGAGGAAAUGGAGAGAAAGUCCAAAGAGGUCAUCAAAGAGAGAGGUGUCGAGGAGGUUGUCAAAGCCCACUACAACGACAAAAGGGAGUUGGGCAAAACCUGGCGGAAGACUGACUCAAGGAUUAAAGGUCUCAGAAGUUUCAACAAUUGGAUCAAGUCUACGAUUGUCCAGAAAUUCUCCCCGAACGAUGACUUCGACCCCCGCAAUCAUUCCAGAGAGUCUAGCUCACACCUCGCUGUAUUGGAUAUGGGAUGCGGUAAGGGUGGUGAUUUACUCAAGUGGAAGAGUGCCCCCCAAGAGGUUGGGUUCUAUGUCGGUGUUGACACCGCAGACGUCAGUGUCGACCAUGCCAGGGAUAGAUAUGACAGUAUGAUCAGGGACUCAAGGAGAAAGCGGGGCGGUGGGAGGGACAGGGGUGGCCGUCAAAUCUUCCAGGCCGAAUUCCACGUGAUGGAUUGUUGGACGCGUUGGAUCGGAGAUAUUCCGAUUGUUUCCAAGGUCGGUGUAGACCCUAAUGUUGGUCCUGGCCAGUCAACUCGGAUGUCGGCUAGAUGGGGCAGCGGGGGCGGGUAAGAAUUCAUCUCACAUGACUUUCACUAUCCAGAGAACUAACGUUUGUUUCAAGUUUCGAUGUGGUUUCAAUGAUGUUCUGCAUGCACUACGCCUUCGAGUCCGAGCAAAAGUGUCGAAACAUGCUCCGAAAUGUUUCAGGUGCUCUGAAAAAAGGAGGCAGGUUCAUAGGAACAAUCCCCUCUAGCGAUGUGAUCUCGGCGCGCGUUCGGGGCAAAAACAUGCCCGCAGAGUCUCCCGAAAAGGAGAAAUUGGACAAAUCCGAGCACGGCUUGCAGGAAUGGGGAAACAGUAUCUACAGGGUAAGAUUUGCCGAAGAACCGCCCAAAACUGGGGUCUUUAGGCCACCAUGGGGCUGGAGAUAUAGCUUCUUCUUGGAAGAAGCCGUCGAAGAAGUUCCAGAAUAUGUUGUCCCUUGGGAGGCGUUCAGAGCGUAGGCAAUCCCUCUCCUCUCCCGACACGACUUUUGCCGUCAUUGGCAAGGUGCACCAUUCUGUUGUACGAGGCUGACAAUUCUGCUAAACAGUAUUGCUGAGGACUACAAUCUUGAGUUAAUCUAUAAAAAGCCGUUCCAUGAUAUUUGGAGAGAGGAGAAGGAUGAUAAAGAUCUUCGUGUCCUCAGCGAGCGGAUGGGGGUUAGAGACAGGGAAGGGAAGUUUGCUCUUGGAAAUGAAGAAUGGGAGGCCUGUGGUCAGUUAUGAUUCGCCCCCUAUUGAUCCCCUCGAACGACUCCUUUAAACUGAUUCCGAUUGUGAGUAGGAUUCUAUCUCGGCUUCGCUUUCAAAAAAUCAUAGAUUUGUUUGGUGUGCUGGUGAACCAAAAGAAAGUCUCAACUUCCUGUUCUUACUGUAUUUCUUUUUCUCCCGCUCAAGCACUGUAAUCGUUCGAGCUCCCGUUGGCCAUAAAGUUGCUGCUCUCAGCUCAUCCACCAGUUGUUGGCUUCGCUCACUGUAUCCGUACCAAUCCCUGAACUUUUCCAUAGCACUGGCCAUCGUAUGAUAUCUCUGUCCGUUGCUAUCAGAAGCUUGAACCUGUGCCGCGAUGUCACCCCCACCAGGGCAAGCAUCCCGGUGAUAAAGUACA